AUGUCACACUGUGUGAUGUACUUUAAAGAAAAAGAGAGAGAAAAGCGGCAUGACUUGAACCAAAAGAAAGUUAACACAAGAACCCAACAAUCUGCACCUUGGAAAUCAAAUUACAACUGCUCUUCAAAAUACGGUGCUGGAAGAGAAUCAGAGGAUAGAACAACCGAUAUUUUAGCCUGCAUAUAUCCUUCGUAUCCUUUUUCUUUCCUUUCUUUCUUGUUUAUCUUAGAUUUAGAUUGGCGAACCAUAAAUUUUGAGAUCGGUAUAGAUAUUUUGCUUUCCUAUGGGUAUUGUAUAUGCUCGCCACACUCUGUGACAUGCUACCACCGUGAAUUUAUGCACGGUGUGUGA